GACUUCUUCUUCUCAUCAACAACCAUAAUUUCAUCUGCCAGACUUCUUCUCAUCAACCCAAGAAGUCAUUUUUGCAGUUAUCAUCAAAGCGAGUUUCAAAUCACCAUCAUAAAUUCGCACUCUCUUUCAAUUUCUCACCCUCAAAAAACUAUCGCAAAUAUGUCAUAUGGAGGAGGAUAUGGUGGCGGCGGCCGUGGUGGCGGUAACGGGUACGGAAAUGGAGAUUCCUCAUAUGGCAGAGGCAACUCUUACUCCAAUGGAUAUUCAAAUGGUGGAUCUAAUGGAUACUCUGGAGGCGGUGGAGGUGGUUACGGAGGUGGCAGAGGCGGCGGAGGUGGUGGCGGAAAUGUCAACGGCUACUCUGGAGGAGGCGGUGGCGGUUACGGAGGAGGUGGUGGAUAUGGCGGUGGUGGUGCUGGUGGAGACCGCAUGAACAACCUUGGUGCUAACCUCCAAAAGCAAAACUGGGAUCUCAGCACCAUGCCAAAGUUCGAGAAGUCUUUCUACAAGGAGGACCCAGUCGUUGCUGCUCGUUCAGAAGAAGAUGUUGCCAAAUUCAGAGCUCAGCACAACAUUGCCGUUCAAGGCCCAAACAUUCCAAAACCUGUCGAGACCUUCGAUGAGGCUGGAUUCCCUGCAUACGUCAUGACCGAAGUCAAGGCCCAAGGUUUCCCAGCGCCUACUCCUAUUCAAUCUCAAGGUUGGCCUAUGGCUCUCUCCGGACGUGAUGUCGUUGGUAUUGCCGAGACCGGUUCCGGAAAGACCCUCACCUACUGUCUUCCAGCCAUCGUACACAUCAACGCACAACCACUUCUCGCUCCUGGUGACGGCCCAAUUGUCUUGGUCCUUGCACCUACCCGUGAGUUGGCUGUUCAAAUUCAACAAGAAAUCACCAAGUUCGGAAAGUCCUCCCGUAUCCGCAACACUUGUGUUUACGGAGGUGUUCCUAAGGGUGGUCAAAUCCGUGACCUCGCCAAGGGUGUUGAGGUCUGUAUUGCCACUCCGGGUCGUCUCAUUGAUAUGAUCGAGUCUGGCAAGACCAACCUCCGUCGUGUUACAUACCUUGUUCUCGACGAGGCUGAUCGUAUGUUGGACAUGGGUUUCGAGCCACAAAUCCGUAAGAUUCUUGGACAGAUCAGACCAGAUAGACAAACUUGCAUGUGGUCUGCUACUUGGCCAAAGGAAGUUAGAGCCCUUGCCUCUGAUUACUUGAAUGAAUUCAUCCAAGUCAACAUUGGUUCCUUGGAGCUCUCUGCUAACCACAGAAUUACUCAAAUUGUCGAAGUUGUUUCUGAGUUCGAGAAGCGCGAUAAGAUGACCAAGCAUUUGGAAAAGAUUAUGGAAGACAAGGAUAACAAGAUUUUGAUCUUCACAGGAACCAAGCGUGUUGCUGACGAUAUCACACGUUUCCUUAGACAAGAUGGAUGGCCUGCGCUCUCUAUUCACGGUGACAAGCAACAAAACGAGCGUGAUUGGGUGUUGAAUGAGUUUAAGACUGGCAAGAGUCCGAUCAUGGUUGCUACUGAUGUAGCUUCGCGUGGUAUUGAUGUCCGAAACAUUACCCAUGUGUUCAACUAUGACUACCCUAACAAUUCGGAGGAUUAUAUCCAUCGUAUUGGUCGUACAGGUCGUGCUGGACAGAAGGGAACCGCAAUCACUCUCUUCACCACUGACAAUCAAAAGCAGGCUCGUGAUCUCGUGAACGUUCUCACUGAAGCUAAGCAGGUCAUUGAUCCUCGUCUUGCUGAGAUGACCAGAUAUGGAGGUGGUGGCGGAGGUAGAGGUUAUGGUGGACGUGGCUACGGCGGUGGCCGUGGACGUGGUGGCGGUGGCAAUUUUUCAUCUUCUAACGCUGCUCCUUUAGGUGGAGGCAGACGUUGGUAAGAUGUCCAAUCCCGAUCGAUCGAAACGGAGUUAUAACAACGACGACUAUCGAUAAUCAACUUUGAUGACGACGAAAACACGUAUAUUCAUCCCAUGGUCGUUUUGGCGUUUUGGUUCUCUUAAAAAGGGUAGGGAGGGGUAGAACUGCCUUAACGUGAUUUUUGCGCACCCUUUCAAAAAUUCUUCUGUAAUCUGACCUUUCUUUCUCUUUUAUUUUAUGAAAAAAUUGGGUGGCAUUGCCAUGAAUUAGACUGAGGGUUGAGGCUGGAUGGAUGGUAUUAUAGAUUGCUUCACAUUUUCAUGUCCCUCCGACAAAGAGAUGAAGGCUAGGAUUUGUAUGUGCUUUUAACUUGCGUUCCUUCUUUCAUAACUAGAAUGCUCUCUGUAGCUAGUUUUAACUAGAAAACAUCUCGUAUUAGAUCAAAAAUAGUAUAAAAAUAUGAGAUCGCUUUCUUCUCGAUCA